GAAACCUAAAACGGAAGAGAAAAAACCGAGGUCUCGGAAACAAAAAAUUGAUGAGCCAAAACCAGAGUCUUCAAAGGGCACUCUGACACCGAAGAAUUCAGAUCCGAAGCUCCAGGACCAGGUUAUACAAGACGGAAAGGAAAACUCCUUAGAAACGUGUAAAUUACAAGGUGUUUUAUCAAGCCCGACAGAACAGCAAUCUGAGGCACAAUUAUCUCUUCUGAAGCCCAGUGACGGGAAAAAACAGAAGCCUCUAAAACAAAAAAAUGAUUCGCAAAAGCCAGGGUCUUUAAAGGGGACUCGUACACCGAAGAAUUCAGAUCCAAAAUUGCAGGACCAGGUUAUGGAAAACGCAAAGGAAAACUCUUUAAAACGCGUUAGCUUUGCAAAGUGUAAAUUACCAGAUGUUUCAUCAAGCCCGACAGAAAAUAAAUCUGAGGCACAAAAAUCACUUCUGAAGCCCAGUGAAGAGUCCAAGUCAAUCAAACCAGAUUUAAAAUCCUGUACUGAUGUGAAUCUUUCGAAACCCAAGCCCUCUGAAUCGGAAAUUAAAUUCUGUAUUCCUACACCUUUGUCACAGCGAAGGAUGUCUUUGCCAGCGAUUUCAAGGCCCCAAAAACCAAUCGCUUCGGAGACAGAACCAAAUUUGAAUACCUCCAAUCGUAAAAUGGCAAUUUCUAAGCGAAGAGGAUCGAUACUAAUUGAUGCAUUAGCAAAACCCAAGGCCUCAACUUUUGAGCCGGAGAUCAAACCCCCUACUUCUAAAAAGUCCGUUGAUCAGAAAAUAUCGGAGGCAGAUCUGAAGCCCCUUAACAAGAGAACACCAGCAGCAAGGCGUCGUUCUUCGGUAAUGAUUGAACCAGUAAAACAAAAGGUCCGAAAAACAACUAAUGAACCAAAUGUUAAAACACACAUUCCUGAACCUGAUAUGAAACCAGGUACUUCUAAAGCUACCAAGCCUGAUAUGAAACCAAGUACUUCAAAAGUUACCGAAACAGAUACUAAAGCGAGUACUGAGUACGAUAAUACACCCAGUACGUCUGAAGCUGGUGCACAAAAUAACGUCCAAAAACCAAAUACGUUUAAUCAGUAUAAAAUUCCAAAGCUGCGAGUUGGAGGAUCAAAUACACCACCGAUAACAACUGAGAUCUCCGAAGCGGAGAAUCCGAUUCGAAGUUCUAAUUCCAUUCAAGCAAAUCCGGUUGAAAGUUCUAAUUCUGAUACCACUGAAGCGAAUCCGCCUAAAGGUUAUGAUUCCACACAACCGAAUCCGGGCAGAAGAUCUGAUUCCUUUAGACCAAUUCCUCCUAGAAGGAACAGUUAUUAUUCCACUGACCAUCCAAUAGGAAGGGCUCAGAGCAAUGAUUCGCCCUAUUCGAUGCCAAACCAUUCUAAUUAUCCAACGAACUACUUAGAUGACCUUCAGGCUUAUCAGAGAGCCCAACAAAUGAGAAGACUUCAGGCUUAUCAGGAGGAUGAGGCGUAUUACAGGGAUUCAUAUUAUAUUGAGCAGCAGAUGAGACUUAAUCGCUAUGACGACAGGCUCAAUCGCUAUGAUGAGAGACUCAAUCAAUCCUAUCCAGAGGAUUACCCGAUAAGACGUUAUCCAAUCUCUCCGGGGGUCUAUCGCGUGAGGGAUCCUCCUCCGCCCUAUCACCCCUAUCGCACCGCCCCACCGAUGAGAGGUCGUCUGCCUCCUGAACGGAACCUUCCGAUGGACAACGAUUUGGCUUAUCGAUCGGCCUAUCCCUAUAUUGACGAUCCGCCCCUACAUGAAGGCCAUCUUAACAGAGGUUAUACGCAUGCGCCAGCAAUUUAUCCAGAACACCGUCCGCUUAAUUUUGAAAUCUCAAACAGAUAUAGAUUAAACAAUUUGCCUCAAAAUACAGCACCAAAUCCAGCGCGACCACCACAAGCCGAAACUAACGACGUUAGUGAUAAUUGCUCUUUAUAGCCACCUCGAACAGUUUCCGUCGACCAAGUUAUUAGGAAUGCCUUCGAGGGCCGCAAAUACAGAACCCUCAGGGAUCUGAGGGAACGAACCAAGUUAUCCAAAGACUGUUUGCGUACGGUCCUCAAGCGCAUUGCCAAAAUUAAGAGUCGCAAAUGGCGCAUUAGCAAAUAUUAUCUACAGGCCUAUAUAGCCGAAACGUCGGGUCUUUCCCCAAGACUUAAAAAUAACAAACCGGUGGGUUUGAAGUAUUUUUUAAAAUACCAUACAUCUAUAGCUUUGCUUACCGUACCAUCAAAUUAAAUAUUUACAUAUAG